AGCAAUAUUUAUCGCAAAAUCGUUACAUCAAAACCUCUACCUAGCGGUGUGUUGAGUAAGUGGUAAAAUGGUAGAAACGCAGGCGCGUCUGCAUGCAGCACUGCAGGAAACUCAUCCCCGUACGUCCGAUCCGCUAAAUACACUUGCAAAGAAUGGCUUCAUCGCGAUGGAAACGAUUGGCAAUGGAGCGUUUGCAAUCGUAAAGAAAGCGCGCUGGACCAAGCUAAAUAAAGCGGUGGCUAUAAAAAUUAUGUCUAAAACACAAUUAUCGGAUAACAUCGUGCAAAAGUAUGUGACACGCGAGCUGGAACUUGUACGUACUUUACGCCAUGAACAUAUAAUCCAUUUUUACGAAAUAAUAGAAACCAAUAUGAGGUUUUAUAUAGUUAUGGAAUAUGCCGAAAAUGGAUCACUUAUGCAAUUAGUACGCGACAAAGAAGUCACACUGACGGAAGCGAGAGUACGUCGGUACUGCUGGCAAUUGGUCGAUGCCAUCCAUUAUUUGCACGCGCACUUCAUUGCCCAUCGGGACAUCAAGCUGGAAAACAUAGUGCUUGACAAAAAAGAUCGUGUAAAAUUGAUCGAUUUCGGAUUUUCCUGUCGGACGCGACAAGAGGGCAACGAUCAACCCACCUUAUUACGACCGUACCUGGCGGAAUCGUGCUGCGGCAGUUACGCGUAUGCCAGUCCGGAGUUACUGUGCUUGAAAAAGUACGAUCCCAUACCGGCCGAUAUUUGGGCGACCGGUGUUGUAAUAUACACGCUACUAUAUAGACUGUUGCCGUUCUCGUCCAACAAUGAUGCGAAAAUCAUGCGAGAGAUUAUAGGUAGAGGCGUACAUUUUCAUUCGAAAGUAACGGUCACCGAUGAGGCGAAAGAGUUACUGAAGCAAAUUUUUGUCCCGGUAGCGCUGCGUAUACCAGUCGAGAUCGUUAAACAAUCGCUAUGGUUCCAUAUGGAACUGGCCGAAGAGUAAUUGUGCGAAAGGAUGCGAAUGAAACGAAUAUUUCCCGGGGAAAGUUAUCCAAACAUUUCAGUUUCAUAAAUGUCGUCUGUGGAUAAAAUAAAGCUUAGUAUAAAACACGGUUCCUGUUACUUAUUAUCGCUGGCUGGUUAGUUGUAACUUCACAAACCUCAGUACAAAGCAAUCUUAAACUGA